UCUCUUCUCUCUUUGCAGCUGUUUGCAGACAAGGUCCCCAAGACAGCAGAAAACUUCCGUGCCUUGAGCACCGGUGAAAAGGGAUUUGGCUACAAGGGGUCCUGCUUCCACAGAAUCAUUCCUGGGUUCAUGUGCCAGGGCGGUGACUUCACGCGCCACAACGGCACUGGCGGCAAAUCCAUCUAUGGGGAGAAGUUCCCCGAUGAGAACUUCAUCCUGAAGCACACGGGCCCUGGCAUCCUGUCCAUGGCCAACGCCGGCCCCAACACAAAUGGCUCCCAGUUCUUCAUCUGCACCGCCAAAACCGAAUGGCUGGAUGGCAAGCACGUUGUCUUUGGCCGCGUCAAGGAGGGGAUGAAUGUGGUGGAGGCCAUGGAGCGCUGCGGCUCCAAAGAUGGCAAAACGAGCAAGAAGAUCACUAUCACCGACUGCGGGCAGCUCUCCUGA